AUGCCUCAGAUGACGCACAUUGUACGCUUCAAGGUGAUUUCUGUGGAGUGCGGUGCAUUACAGGACGGCCAACAGUAUACUAUAUAUUACCGUCGUGGAGAUACACGUCGCUCUACUCCUUGCUACACAGCUCGAAAUGGUGUAGUGGAUUUCAGAAUGAUGCCAGAAGGUGCUGCGAUUAUUCAUUUCAAAAACGGUGGGGUGAGUCGCCGCUUUGCACCCAAAUACAUUUUAUUCCGACUGGAAGAAUAUAUUAUCGGAGUGCCGCGACGCAUGGUAUGUGAAACGAAUGUGGACUGUUCAAAUGUCUUGGGACUGUACGACAACUCUGGCUCUGGUGUAAUUGAUGCUCCUAUACAAAUUUAUGGUGUCGGCGCAAAAAUGAAAGUGGCUAUUUUAGUUUACCCUGAGAAUGGGCUACCUUUGUCUUUUGAUACAAUUAUCAAACCACAGCAGCCUGAUCAAGUUGAAGGGCCUGUAGGUAAAGUGUCAGUUAUGUCUCGUGGUGAAGCGAUGACGUUGCUCAUAUCCCUGGAGACCAUGCUGGAGCGGAAAAGGCAGGCAGAUCCCGAAGGCGCACCAAUAACUGCGUCUAAGAGUGAGCUAAAGGUAAUUGAACUAGAAGAGAAGCGCAACAAACUUGCGCGGUUGGAAGGCAUGGCUAGCAAAGCAGUCACUGUCCGCUGCUGCGAUGUCGUUAAGGCUCAGUUCGUGGCACUUGCACGAAAAUUUCGAAAUAACUACGUCGGUGCAACAGCUGCUUACCUCCGCCAGAUGGCACUGAUGAGCGGCAUCCCUCUCGCAGAUAAAAUGGCGAUUCAGUCUGAGAACACGAUGCAAGAGCAAUUGGCUCGAACCACUAGUCGCAUCGAGGAUUUAAGGCAGCAAAUACAUCAGUUAGAGCAAAAUCAGCUGGCCCUAGGCCGAAUCCAGCAUAAGACCGACGUGACCGCGGAACUGAUGGCCAAUCUGGAGAAGGUCGACUCGCUGAAUGGACAAAUUAAAAUACUUGAACAGACCAAAGAGGCUAAUGAGAAGGCUUUGUUUAGUCGAGACAAUUCCGGUACACCCCUUGGUCGUGAAGUUAAGGGCAUCAACGAGCACAUAGAAGCGCUCGAGAUGGAGCAAGAGCAGCUGAGGGCCCAAGUGAGUCACAUGGUUGUCACUGCUGCAGCUCAUGUGUUAUCGUGGGCACGGAGUAAGAAUCCACCUCAGCCUGAGACCAACAAUAAGUCCACAAUCGACAAUCUCUUCAGCGACGCUGGGGUUGGAAGUUUGGGCGAGGGCCGUGUCGCUAAAAACGUGUUAGUUUCCAAUGACCCAAAGCCGAUUGUAGCGCCUCAACGUACGCAAUCGAGCUCAUCCUCGGAUUGUCGCACCCCAAAAGACCUUUUUAGCGGUAAAGAUUUGCCCUCGAUGGGGGAUUUCAAAGCAGCUGAAUCAAAGAAUGUAAAGACUAAAGAAAGCAAUACAAAGCCUCAGUAUCAGGAUCCUCUAAAACCCACCGGACUGAAUACUGAAAUGUUCGCACGUUCCAACUCAGAAUCUGCUGUGCCCAACUCGCCGGUCGGUCCCUUAGUGGGCGACAUCAAUACCGUUGUAGAGCCGGGCUUGAGUAUAAAUGUUUUGUCAGAACCUACCCAAGCCAAGUCCUCAGAUGUGCCUUCCGCGAAUAGUGACGGUCACAUUGAUCCGUACUACGAUGAAAUGGACUAUUUCACGCCACCGCCAAAUGUCGACGAGCCAAGUAAUGCGGCUGCUGCACAACUAUUCUCCAAUUUUGGGUUCGAAGGUACCAUUAAGGACGCAUUGAGUUUGGAAGACGCCACGAAUGUCAGGUCACCUCUACGCCCAAAGUUUAACUUUGGCCCGUCAGAUGAUGCAGAAACAACAGCAGUUGAGGCGAAUGCUGCAACAACAUUAUCUGAUAAUCAUGCCAUUGAGUUUGGGAAGCCGACCUACGAUUUCGCUCCAUCAGUGGACAAUACCACUCAGGAUAAUGAUAGCAAGGUUCAGGACAAGAAAUACAGCAUACCGAUAUACAACUUCGCAAGCUAG